AUAUACGGCUCAUCACGAACGCAUCCGAAAAAAAACUACGAAAAGAGAGAGAGAGAGAAGAGAGUUUUGUAGCGAGCUCGCGCGAAUGCGAAGCCAACCGAGAGAGGCAUUCACCAACGAGCAAGAGGGGAGUGGAUUGGUUGGUUAAAGCUCCGCAUCUUGCGGCGGAAAUCUCGCUCUCUUCUCUGCGGUGGGUGGCCGGAGAAGUCGCCGCCGGUGAGGCAUGGGGAUGGAGGUGGCGGCGGCGCGGCUGGGGGCUCUGUACACGACCUCCGACUACGCGUCGGUGGUGUCCAUCAACCUGUUCGUCGCGCUGCUCUGCGCCUGCAUCGUCCUCGGCCACCUCCUCGAGGAGAAUCGCUGGGUCAAUGAGUCCAUCACCGCGCUCAUCAUCGGGCUCUGCACCGGCGUGGUGAUCUUGCUGAUGACCAAAGGGAAGAGCUCGCACUUAUUCGUCUUCAGUGAGGAUCUCUUCUUCAUCUACCUCCUCCCUCCGAUCAUCUUCAAUGCAGGUUUUCAGGUAAAGAAAAAGCAAUUCUUCCGGAAUUUCAUGACGAUCACAUUAUUUGGAGCCGUCGGGACAAUGAUAUCCUUUUUCACAAUAUCUAUUGCUGCCAUUGCAAUAUUCAGCAGAAUGAACAUUGGAACGCUGGAUGUAGGAGAUUUUCUUGCAAUUGGAGCCAUCUUUUCUGCGACAGAUUCUGUCUGCACAUUGCAGGUCCUCAAUCAGGAUGAGACACCCUUUUUGUACAGUCUGGUAUUCGGUGAAGGUGUUGUGAACGAUGCUACAUCAAUUGUGCUUUUCAACGCACUACAGAACUUUGAUCUUGUCCACAUAGAUGCGGCUGUCGUUCUGAAAUUCUUGGGGAACUUCUUUUAUUUAUUUUUGUCGAGCACCUUCCUUGGAGUAUUUGCUGGAUUGCUCAGUGCAUACAUAAUCAAGAAGCUAUACAUUGGAAGGCAUUCUACUGACCGUGAGGUUGCCCUUAUGAUGCUCAUGGCUUACCUUUCAUAUAUGCUGGCUGAGUUGCUAGAUUUGAGCGGCAUUCUCACCGUAUUCUUCUGUGGUAUUGUAAUGUCACAUUACACUUGGCAUAACGUCACAGAGAGUUCAAGAGUUACAACAAAGCACGCAUUUGCAACUCUGUCCUUCAUUGCUGAGACUUUUCUCUUCCUGUAUGUUGGGAUGGAUGCAUUGGAUAUUGAAAAAUGGGAGUUUGCCAGUGACAGACCUGGCAAAUCCAUUGGGAUAAGCUCAAUUUUGCUAGGAUUGGUUCUGAUUGGAAGAGCUGCUUUUGUAUUCCCGCUGUCGUUCUUGUCGAACCUAACAAAGAAGGCACCGAAUGAAAAAAUAACCUGGAGACAGCAAGUUGUAAUAUGGUGGGCUGGGCUGAUGAGAGGAGCUGUGUCGAUUGCUCUUGCUUACAAUAAGUUUACAAGAUCUGGCCAUACUCAGCUGCACGGCAAUGCAAUAAUGAUCACCAGCACCAUCACUGUCGUUCUUUUUAGCACUAUGGUAUUUGGGAUGAUGACAAAGCCAUUGAUCAGGCUGCUGCUACCGGCCUCAGGCCAUCCUGUCACCUCUGAGCCUUCAUCACCAAAGUCCCUGCAUUCUCCUCUCCUGACAAGCAUGCAAGGUUCUGACCUCGAGAGUACAACCAACAUUGUGAGGCCUUCCAGCCUCCGGAUGCUCCUCACCAAGCCGACCCACACUGUCCACUACUACUGGCGCAAGUUCGACGACGCGCUGAUGCGACCGAUGUUUGGCGGGCGCGGGUUCGUGCCCUUCUCCCCUGGAUCACCAACCGAGCAGAGCCAUGGAGGAAGAUGAACAGUGCAAAGAAAUGAGAAUGGAAUGGUUGAUGAGGAGAAUACAUGUAAAAUGUGACAGCAAAAGAGAGAAGGCAAGUUUUGGGUUUGUAGAGUUUGGCUGCUGCUAAUGAGUUGUUGAUAGUGCCUAUAUUCUUCAGAACUUCAGAUGGUGCCUCACCAAGGCCUAAGAGCCAGGAGGACCUUCUGAUAAUGGUUCGGGAUGAUUGGUUUGUUCUGUCAGGAUGAACCCUAGUGAGUGACACAGGGUGAUGUGCUCCGACAACCUGUAAAUUUUGUAGAUUAACAGCCCCAUUUGUACCUGUCUACCAUCUUUAGUUGGCGGGUGUUCUUUCCUAGUUGCCACCCUGCAUGUAAAAUGAAAUUCUCCGCCAAAAUAGAUUUGUGUGUAUAAUAAUUUUGCUUGGUUGAUAUAAUGGUAUGGCAUGGUUUGCAAUA